AUGGCCCCAGACUAUGCCAGUAUAUGGCGCCCAUCGGACGGCGAGGGCACGCCCGACAAGACGAAGUGGAAGAUAUGCGACCACCUGCCCUCAGGCCAACUCAGCAACACCAACCGCCCACCAACGAACACGUAUUUGACAGACCGCGUCUUUCAAGUCGUCUCAGAGUCUGCGAUAAGCGGACGUAAGAAAGGCAUGUGGUGGUCCGGAGACUUCGAUAGCAACGGCAAACCGAGAAUUUCGAGAGCAAACCGUGGCGCUGCAGUGCUAGACCCGGCUACCGGCCAAGCGGCGGUUGUCACGCUCUCAGAUGGCAAACAACUCAGUCUUGUUGGAGAUCCAGAGUGGUCCGCUCCAUCCUCACUGGUACUGCCCAAGAGCCGCCCAGCGUCUAGUGAGAUGAUGAAGAACACCAGCCCCUGUCAACAAUCUUUGCUGAAGCGCCCAUCGUUCAGUAUCCUUGGUCGAACCCAAUCGUCCCAACGCUCCCGCGGUCACAGAGACUCAGACGUCUCCAUGGCCAACACGAAGAAUAUCGAAUUGGAAGCGACCCUACAGCCUCAUGCCACUAGUUCGGACUCUGAAAUUGCCGUCCUAAAAGCUCGGAUUGUGAGCCUAAAGUCCAAGACCGAAACGCUUCAAGGACAACUCCGGACCGUGGAGAUCGCCAAGAACGACUACGAAGCUCAGGCUACCCGACAAGCAUAUGAGAAUGAGCAGUUAAAGGGUGACAAUGAGCAGUUGAAGGGUGACAAUGAGCAGUUGAAUAGUACAGUUCAGGAGUGGAAGGGUAAGGCGGCGAUUCUGCGCAACCAAGUGCAGAUGCUUGGUGACGUUGUUAGACGCAACUCGACGGAGUCACUCGCCGCAGCAAACAAGGCGGUUAAUACUCUUCCGCUUGACGAUGCCAAGCUUCACGAGUUUGCAGGACUUGCCAGCAUCUUGGGAGGCGACAACAUGGGCACUGCCGAGCUUGAGAUUACUGAGGUAUGGCAAACACCAGCUUCUCUAUCUACCACUUGA